AUGAAGCAAAGACCCAAAAAGACACCCGAUACCGAGCCAGUUGAGGGUCUUGAUUUAGCCAUUAAGAACAUCGAGCUGAAAGAAGAGAUUAGAGCUCUAAAAGAAAGACAAACAACUAUUCUACGCGAAUCACUCAAGCACCAGUACAACCGCUAUCGAACCCAAGCCGAAGCCGAAAGACUUCUGACCACCCAAAAGGAAGCUCUACAAGCCCUAAUGACCCAAACCAACGAGGCUCUCCAGGCCCUCAAAGAAAUGGCCCAACCACCCACAGCACAGUCCAACCCCACUAAGUCCACUCCUACCCAGCCAUUCAAAGAAAACCCACCCCGACCCAAGUAA